AUGGGUUUGGCUCGGCUGCUGGUGCUCGCGUCGGUGAUGCUGGUCGCGACCGUGAUCGCGUCGUCGUUGCCGCAGUGGAUUCGGUUCUCGCCGCGGAGGCUGCACCAGCUGUCCGUCUACUCGACCGGGCUCUUGAUCGGUGCAGCACUGACCAUCGUCAUACCCGAAGGUGAGUCGUCCCAGUCGAUCCGGCCCUGCGUCUCGACAGGACUACCACAGGCUGAGCUCCACCGAGUCCGAUCGGACAGGUGUCGCGGCCGUCUACGCCAACUCGUCCUCGCUCCACCAUCAUGCCGCUGAACACGAAGCGGCGCAUGGCAGCCCGUACCGACAUGAUGCGCAUUCCAACCCCACCAACAUCGGUCUGGCCCUCUUGGCCGGAUUCCUCCUCAUGUCAGUGCACAUCCUCGUCGCCACGUUUAUACACCGGUGCUGACCCAUGGCAUUGUGCCCCCUGUCCCCCGAUCAGGUACCUCAUCGACACCUACACCCAUAGUCAUCCCCCAGCCUCCUCGGUCGGCAGGCUAGACCGGUCCAACUCGCGCCAUCCGCACCGCUACCUCACACGUCAAUCGUCGUCCAUCUCUGAACUCGAACCCCUCAACGCCAACUCGUCCCACCACCACCAGCACCAUUACCGCAAUGGGGACGACGAGUAUGACUGGGCAGAGAAUGGAAACCUCGGCACAGCAAACGCAGAUCGGAAAUCACUCGCACCGACGAGCUCGAGUUCGAUCAACGGUGGCACCAGUGCCAAUCCUUCGAGAUCGUCCUCGCCUACCCAUCAUCAUCCCCCCUCCCCGCCAAAUGAACCGAUACCCUCUUCUUCCCCUUCUUCCCCUUCUUCCUCCGCUUCGGCGAUCUCGACCGUCAUCGGUCUGGUCGUCCAUUCAUUAGCCGACGGCGUCUCCCUCGGCGCCAGUUCUCUACCUUCAGGCGAACAAGCAGUCACCCAGGUCGCCUCCUCCACCUCUUUGGAACUCAUCAUCUUCCUCGCCAUCAUGGUCCACAAAGCCCCCGCCGCCUUCGCACUCUCCUCCCUCCUUAGCUCGAACCGAUCCGUAAGCCCGUCCUUCCUGCGAAAAUCCCUCCUCGCUUUCUCCCUCGCAGCACCUUUGGGUGCUUUAACGACCUAUGGUCUCUUGACACUCGUCGGGGUCGAAUUGGAAGGAGUUCAAGGUGGGAUUGGUUGGUGGACUGGAUUAGCGUUGGUUUUCUCGGGGGGACGUUCUUGUUCGUGGCUACGCACGUGAUCAAGGAGAACACUGGCACUGAGGGGGGUUCUUCGAACCAUGGGAGAGGUGGUGAGUCUUCAGAGGAUGGAGAGGAGAAUGGAAAAGGUGGGGGACCGGUAUGGGUCGUCGCGGGGAUGUUGACGCCUUGGGUGCUCGGGCGCUUGGUCGGCCACGGGCAUUGA